AGUUUCCUUUAUAACAUGGAAGGCGUGUUGUGUGUGCUACAACAUCUACCAAACAUUUUCAUGUUUCAAAUAAUGUUGCUCUCAAUUGGAGUUGAUGAAGACCAAACCAGAGGAAGAAGAAAGCUGAAUAAUGGAUUUGAAUUCAUCAGGUCGUCAGAAACUCCAGACACUCACGUUGCUCUAUGACUGCUGGAUGUCACCUUCAGUGGACGCGGCAGCGGGGGCUCCUCGCCGAGGCGCGCAGCGAGGAAGGAGAGAAGGAGGGAAGGAUCGGCGGAUUCAGGCAGACGGGUGGUGCACUCUGGUCGAGACGAGACAUGAAGUAGUCACCGAGAGAGCCGUCACAGGUGAAGCCUAUCGGGACUCGAGGGAAAUGGAGGCCCCGCCGGGGACGAGCUGCUGUGAGCGCACCGUGGCCAGACGGGAAUAACCGAGCCGUGGAACGGGCUGGCAUGGCAGCAUCCAGCAACUCAAGCCUCUCCGGUUCAUCUGUGUCCUCCGACCCCGAGGAUUACCAACCGCCCAUAUGGAAGUCCUACUUGUACCAACUACAGCAGGAAGCCCAGAGACCAAAGAGGAUCACAUGUCCUCAGGAGAUGGAAAACAGACCCAAAUACUACGGCAGAGAAUUUCAUGGCAUGAUCUCUCGGGAAUAUGCAGAUGAGCUUCUGGCGGGAGCAGAGGGGGCUUACCUCAUCAGGGAAAGCCAAAGACAGCCAGGGACUCACACCUUGGCCUUAAGGUUUGGGCACCAGACCCUCAACUACCGGUUGUUUUAUGACGGGAAGCACUUUGUCGGGGAGAAGAGGUUCGAGUCGGUCCAUGACCUUGUGACGGACGCCCUCAUCACUCUCUACAUCGAGACCAAGGCGGCAGAGUACAUCGCCAAAAUGACCACCAACCCCAUCUACGAGCAUCUCGGGUACACCUCGUUGCUGAAGGACAAGAUGGUGCACAGGCUGAGCCGUGGACGCACAGAAUCACGCAGGGUCACAUUCCAGAGAGAUGAAAAGAUAUCCUCCUCACCUCUGGUGCGACGCAGUGCCUUGAAAGAUACACCGGAGAAGCAGUGCUUCUACGAGAAGAUACACAACUUCAAGGUACACACCUUUCGAGGGCCGCACUGGUGCGAGUACUGUGCCAACUUCAUGUGGGGCCUCAUCGCCCAGGGUGUCCGCUGCUCAGAUUGUGGACUGAAUGUACACAAACAGUGCUCCAAACUGGUUCCCAGUGACUGCCAGCCGGACCUGCGCAGGAUAAAGAAAGUGUUCAGCUGUGACCUCACCACGCUUGUCAAAGCUCAUAACACCACACGGCCCAUGGUGGUGGACAUGUGCAUUCGAGAGAUAGAGCUGAGAGGCAUGACAUCUGAAGGUCUCUACCGAGUGUCUGGCUUCUCAGAGCACAUCGAGGAAGUGAGGCUUGCCUUUGACCGAGAUGGUGUAAAGGCAGACAUCAGUGCCAGUGCCUAUGCAGACAUCAACAUUAUUGCUGGUGCUCUGAAGCUCUACUUAAGAGACCUUCCCAUUCCAGUCAUUACGUUUGACUUGUACUCCAAAUUUAUUCAAUCUGCGAAAAUUCCAAGUGCGGAAUCCAGACUGGAGGCCAUCCACGAGAGUUUGCUGCAGCUCCCCCCCGCCCACUACGAGACCCUACGUUACCUGAUGGCUCACCUCAAGAGGGUGACACAGUUCGAGAAGGACAAUUUAAUGAAUGCUGAGAACCUGGGGAUCGUCUACGGUCCGACGCUGAUGCAACCACCAGAGCAGAACGCCUUGACGACCCUGAACGACAUGAGGCAGCAGAAACUAGUGAUGCAGCUGAUGAUAGAGCAUGAAGAUGUCUUAUUCUAAGGACUGAGGCAUGCAGGACAUUUAUUUAUUCUGUCAUGGAGGAAAUUCAAUCCACCCUGAAGUUUCAGAAUAGUUUGUAAUCAAAUUAAAACUUGAAACGCUUCUUUUCUCGCAUGACUGUUUUAGUUGAAGUUGGUCUCGUGUUGACAUUGUCUUGUUACUGUACGUUUGGGUUUUCAUACCCAGCCAAGUCCAUCUUUUUUAUAUUGGGAAAGGAUUGAGUGUUUUUAAACUACCUACAGUGCUGUUCCCUCCUCUGUGUAAUCUGAAGACUGUCACUACCUGGCGUAGACACAGUCCUGAUGGCUGCGCUGUGAACCAAGUCCACGUUCCCACAUUACAUGUGUGCUUAUUGUGGUUUUAGUGGGAACGCUGUUUACAGUGUAAUGUAGAUCAAAUCAGAUCAUGUUAUGAUGAGUAUUUUAACUGUACUAAAAGUUGAGAGGUGAGACAAUUGGACGCUCAUGAAGCACAUUUUUGCAACGAGUGUAAAGAUUUAUUUUGUAAAGAUGUUUAUUUUUGUCUUUUACUCUGCAUCAUGUUCUUUUGUCACAAUAAUAUAUACUGUUGAGAAUGAUGUUUGUUGAAUUGAUGUUGAAAUACAAAACUGAUCACAAGAGAGAGAGAAAAUAAUUGGACAAGAAGCCAUUUGUGGUUUUACUAUUUUCAUUUGCAGCAUACUCAGUGCUCUGGUGAGGAAUACACAGCCGGAUUAAAUCCUGGUCGUUGUGAUUCACAUUUCAUGUUGCAGGCAUAUUGUAAAACUCUUUUGCAAUCAUGUCUGUUGCCAGCUUUGUGGUAUUUCUGUUUACAUGCUGAAAUUUGGGGUAUCUUUAACAGAAAAAUAGGAUCUGGGCCCAUUUGUUUUCUUUUCGUAUGCCAGUGACGUCACUCGGUGCAGCAGGAGUUGCUUUUCCCUUCACAGUGCCAUAGAAGUUAAGAAUCAAACGACUGCUGUACCGAGCAUGUUUAUUACACGGUUGGUUCGAUGUGAUCAGCGAAAUCCUUUCUACAAAUCCAUUUUAUCAAAAUGUAUUUUUGUGACGGUUGCAAUUCAAAAUGUAAUGUCUCAAAUGUUGAUUUAUUAAAGGAGAGAAAAGUUGAGU